GAACUGCACUGCUAAUCAUUCCUACAAAAAGCAAUCAAAAUGCAGCAAACAUUCGCUGAUCCAUAAAGCCAUUCAGUCUAUAUCCAGGUUUCUAAACUGUUUUAGAAGGAAUGGCGUCAAAAGUACUUGCGAGUUAAUGAUUAACAUCACAUGCAGAGAUGAAAAUGCAUCAGUUAAUUGCUGCUGAAAUAACUCCGCAGAGGCCAGUAUCCAGUCACCAAGUCACCUUUUAAUUACACUUGUAUAGUACAUGACACUGACCCAACUAGCUCAGGGCUCGCUUCGAGAGUGAGCAGAAACACUGACACACCCGUUUAUGCCUUUCACCCAGAACUCUAUUUGGACCAAGUAAACAGCUCCAAUCGGGGAACUUAUAUCCUAUAAGGUCCACGCUACUGACCUUGUUACACUCCCUACAGCUGCGAAGCAGUUAUCCAAGCAACAGACAUUGAAAAUGAUUAAUCAAAAUCCCAUGGUUUAUGUCACAAAACGUUUAAUCGCUCUAACAAUUUCAGAAAGUCCGGUGACAUUACAAGUGGAUCCCAGACUACAGAGAGAUGGUGAUUCCGUCACAUUGAAUUGUUGGUGUACCCAGGAUCAUGUGUGUGGAAGAGGACAAGUUUCCUUCUACAGAAAUGAGACCCUCCUGAAACCUGAUUCCAUGCCUCACAAUGUCUAUCGCAUCCACCAAGCAACCCUAAUGGAUUCGGGAUGGUACCGCUGUGCGAUUUUCCAGAACCUUUCGACGUUCCUGUCCCUCUGGGUAGAAGUCACUGUCCAGAUCCCUGUGAGCUGCCCAUCCAUCAGCUCAGAUCUGAAGGGGUCUGCUGUGUCCAUCGGUGACCACUUAACUAUCCGGUGUACCUGCGAAAGUGGGACACUGCCUAUAAACCUCAUGCUAUACCGUCACCACCACCACCUCCUGAGGAACACGACAGUCGUUGACUCCAGGACAGCCACUUUCCAUGUCACUGUCCUCUCCGAAGAUCACUUCAGGGCACAUGCUUUGCGAAUGUUGGUCUCCAGAGCUCCUCCUGAGAAAUCCUUUGUUCUGCUCACUUUAUCUCAAAGUUCCUUCCAGAAACUUCUCUGGCUCUCAGCCAAUGAAUUAACCAAACCCUGA